AACAGGCAACCACAACUGCGUUUGAAACAAUCGACAACUUGGCCUUGACGAUGAUCUCGAGGAAAAACCGAGACGAGAAGCCGACUCUGGUUCAGGCUAAGGAGUUCCUGAUGUCCCUGGCGAGGUCCAGCUGUGGCGGGCUUGGGGCGCGGGUGAUACAGACACAGGAAGACACAAGAGCGUAUUUUCAGAUACCGGAAAACACCACCACGAAGCUCUGUGUCAAUGGCACUGUUGGAUCUCAGACUUAUUUUACACCACAAAACCCUUUUGAGUACGCCAACAACGCCAGGGACGUUAGGACGGCUGUUCUGGGACUUUCCGUACUGGGGGAAGGACGGAAAGUCCUUGUCAGCAAUCUUGAGAAAGACGAACGUAUCGAAUCAAUAAACCCAGUAGUAAACAGACCACGGAUGGUGAACGGUACAGCCACGUCAUCUAACAGUGAACAGAUAUCGCUACAUAACUUCAACACGACAGAACUAGGUGUGGCCUUCUACGUUCGCGUCAACGUCACUGGCGACGACACCAACGUCACGUUAAGGGUUUACCUGAAGCGUGGUGCCGUGGUCUCACCUGGUGACUACAGCCACAACGUCACGCUGACAGCGACUGGGUACACAUCUGGCGGAAGAACUGUGUCUUCCAUGCAGCCGUUUGCAUGGUUCCUAAACCAGACAGCCUUGAACAUCAGCAAUGAACAGGAAAUGUGGGCAAUAGGAAUCCAAAGAGUUCCAACCGUUGACGAGAAUGGGCAGAUAACAGACUCCAGUGUCCCCUACACCAUCAGCAUCACUCCUUCUAAAUGCAUCUUCUUCAACGAAACGACUCGACUGUGGACGGACAAUGGGUGUGAGGUCGGGCCCCAGACGACCGAUGAGCAGCUCCACUGUAUCUGUGACCACCUGACAGCCUUUGCCGGUUUUGUUGCGCCAAACCCGCUGGACUUGGGCAGUUCCUUCACCUUUGACCUGGACAGAAGUCUGAUAGCCCUGGUGACCGUGUGCGUCGUGAUGGCCUUGUACAUCGUGGCUGUGUUCAUCGGGAGGAGUUUGGAUCUGGCCGACGAACGGAAACGACAGAAGAAAGCACACAGACAACUGUCGAAGACCACAAAGGGAAGGGGGUUCCUGUCUCAUCACUUGUGGGUCUCUGUGGUGAGAUUUCCCUCCAACCACUUCACCCGUGUGCAGAGGAUAUCCUGUUGUCUGUCCCUCCUCAUGUCCUUCAUGUUAGUCAACAUCAUGUUCUACCAGGGAGACAGAAACUUCCUCUCAAAGGUCACGAUAGGAGGCAUUGAGUUGGAAGUACCCUUCAGUUUGACUACCUUCAUAAUCGGCCUUGAGAGCUCACUGAUAGCCCUUCCCAUCAACGUUUUCAUCGUGGUGCUUUUUCGGUACGCUGGGACAAGGCAGAAAUCAUCGGCGACAAAAGAGGCGUCCAAACCAAAAGAGAGGGCAAAUUACGGCAUCCCCGGUAAGGGUCAGCACGGUCCAGAGCUGGUUCUACCUCGUUACCUGCCGAAGGCUGAGGACGCAGAGUCAGAGUUUGACGCGGAGUACACGGCCGACCCGUCCGCCUACAUCGAUAAGUUAAAGAAAGAAGGAGCUCUGAAGAAAAUGGAUACCAGAUAUGUUGUUAAGAAAGAGGGGUCGAAGGUUACCGUGAGUCAGAAGCCCUACAGGCCGUUUCCAUGGUGGUGCCGUAUAGUAGCCUGGUUCCUGGUUGCUGCCAUAGUUAUAGUAUCCGGUGCCUUUACUGUCCUGUACGGUAAUGAUUACGGCAGGGCCAAGUCUCAGACCUGGCUCAUGUAGUUACAUGUAACAUAUCUAACAUAUUUUCCCUACAGCCUGGUUCCUGGUUGCUGCCAUAGUUACAGUAUC